AUGGGUCGUCGUCCAGCUCGUUGCUACCGUUACUGCAAGAACAAGCCAUAUCCAAAGUCCCGAUUCAACCGUGGUGUCCCAGAUCCUAAGAUCCGUAUCUUCGAUCUUGGACGAAAGCGUGCUGGUGUCGACGAGUUCCCUCUCUGCAUCCAUCUCGUUUCCAAUGAGUACGAACAGUUGAGCUCCGAGGCUCUCGAAGCCGCCCGUAUUUGCGCCAACAAGUACCUCGUCAAGAUUGCCGGAAAGGACGGUUUCCACAUGCGUGUCCGAUGCCACCCAUUCCACGUCAUCCGUAUCAAUAAGAUGUUGUCCUGUGCCGGUGCCGAUAGACUGCAAACUGGUAUGCGUGGUGCCUGGGGAAAACCCAACGGUACCGUCGCUCGUGUCAACAUUGGCCAGAUCAUCUUGUCCGUCCGAACCCGUGACUCUCACCGUGCUACCGCCAUCGAAGCUCUCCGAAGAUCCCAGUACAAGUUCCCCGGCCGACAGAAGAUCAUUGUCUCCAAGAACUGGGGUUUCACACCUUUGAGGAGAGAGGAGUACGCCGACGCCAGGGCUGCUGGUAAGGUCAAGACUGACGGUGCCUACGUUCAGUUCUUGACCAACCACGGUAGCUUGAAGGAUAAUAUUAGACGUUUCCCAGAUGCUUUCGAGGCUUAA